CGCCAUCAUAAUUUUCAGAUUUGUUCGAUGUAAAUCUAUGGAAACAGAAAUUGCAAAUGUGUACUUGACCAUUGCAUUUUGGAAGGUGAGAGAAAAGACGCAAUAGGCCGUUUUUCCCGUUCGUGGUAUUAAUUAAACAGGAAUGAGUUUUUCCUGCAUCGCCUUUCAGCAUUAAAAGGUUAAUUUGGUGCUUACGAGUGCGGAAAAUGCUUGUGCGGUAGGGAAAAAACUUUUUGUUGUCAUACGCGAUGACAUGAAUUGCAAUAUCGGGAUUCAGCAUUUCAAAUUUCUUAAUAUCGCGUGUCGUCACCAGAAAAUUUACACCUCGCGUAUUAAGUGUGUGAGCAAACUUGCUCAAAUACUUUACAGUCAAGUCCGAGUUCCUUGGUUUCUGAUGGAAAUACGCGAGGACUGACCAUAAAAAGCAUUUUUCGUCAGACAGAUUUUUGACAUUUAUAAUGCAAUGUUUGUUUUUAAGAAAUUGCGGUGUUUGAAUGAAACUGGAUGUGAAGAUUGGAUUAAAUUUAAUCACAUUCACAUCCAGUGACUCAAUUUUCUUCAAAACCCAACCUCUGCCAUGUCGAAGAAAGUUGUCAAAAGAUGAGAAGGAUUUUUCUCACGGCCAACAUGAAAUGUUCGUUAAAAUCUUCAUAGUUCUCAAGUACGUUUAGCGCUAUGUUGGAGUAACUAUGAAGAUUCAUUAGAGAUGAGACAGUCUUGCUAACCUCAUCAUCCAUCACCACUAAUUUAUACAACAAAACAUUCAACACGAUGAACCACUUCACGUUUGCAUCAUGGCGUGCAGCGUGCUCCCUAAUUAUAUUGAAAACGUGCCGUUUCGAUCUCUCAAGCACGUUUUUGAUAUUGAUCUCUUCGGGAUCGUCGAUGGUUAUGUGAUGACGGACCGCUGCUAAAUUGACGCCAUGUACUCUUCUUUCCCUCGGCAUGAUGUUAGAUUCUGAAAAACAAAAGAAUAACGAUCAGGAUGACAUAGAAUUAGAGUUUCAUGUAUGUUUUUAAAUCAGUUGUGAAUUGGCAUUGGUAGAAGAAGGCUGUGUGAAAAUGAUAUCUCAAGAUCACAUAAUGUUGCAUGAAAGAUUGAGAUUAUUAUCUUUUGAUAAAAGAUGGACAAAAUCUUCUCCGCAUUUGUCCGCGGAAAACAUGGCAAAAGAAGGAUUUAUAUUCGCAUGUGCCCCAGACAUUGUCCGAUGUGUAUUUUGUUCAAUUUGUUUGGGAAAAUGGGAAGAAAGUUACAUACCAGCAAUAGAACAUGCAAGGUACAGUCCGAACUGUAGAAGGAAAGAUAAUAUAACAAUUAAAGAGGAGAAUUUCGAUAAUAAUAUUCUACGGCAAUAUGAAGAAAGAUAUUUAACUUUCAAGCGUGUAGAAGAUUCAUCCGUUCAAGGAGAGUAUUUUGAAAAGCAUCAUCUACAUUGUGACUAUUGUAAAUCAUUAUCUGGUAAAGCAGAGUAUUUUGUGAGAAAUGGUUAUUUCUUACAUAAAAAUCCAUUCUAUCUUCAAUGUGUCUAUUGCAAAUAUAUUAUCGAAAAUCCAUUUGAAAAAGUAAUGCAUUUACCGUUUUGUUUAUAUGAAGAGUGUGAGAAAGAAGAGCGAGGAGAGGAUUAUCUGGAUAUACCGUAUAGUAAAGAUGAGCUAAAAUCGCAUGCAUGCAGUAUGUUGUAGAAGGUUUUUUAUCUUCCGAGCACAAAAAUUGUCCUUCGAGGACAAAAACUGUCCUCCGAUGACAAAAAUCCUCCCCUCUGAGCACAAAAACUGUCCUCCAAUGACAAAAAUCCUCCCCUCCGAGGACAGAAAUUGUCCUCCGAGGACAAAUAUUGUCAUCGGAGCACAAUUUUCCUCUCCUCCACAGAGGAUAAAAUCAAAGUAAAAAUGUACUUACAUGUACUGGUUGAUGCUGCGUGAAUGACAGGUAUCUCCUCGACUGCACAGGUGGCUAUGCUUCCUUUCAGAUUGCUCGUUAACCUCUCAGGUGUGUUGCCUCGACGAGAGCUCAACUGGUUAUUAGGUUGGAAGCCGUGUUGAGAAAAUGCUGUGAAAAUAAUGAAAUAUUUGAUAACUGAUAAUAUUAGAAAUCAAUCGAGAGGCGGGAAUGCUAUUCAAAAUAUAGAUUGUUUGAGUGAGCCCUAUGUUGAGAGGUGAGAAAAUGCUGAGAAAACAAUGAAAUAUUUAAUAACUGAUAAUAUUAGAGAUUAAUAAGCAUCAUGAGAGCCUAUUCAAAAUAUAGAUUGUUUGAGUGAGUCCUAUGUUGAGACAUGGAGGAGAUUUUUUUCAGCUUCUAGCAGGUGUGGGCAGACACCGUCCCAUGCAGAGUUCUAGACAAGAUUUUUUUCGUCUUCUAACACAUGCCGGUCAUGCAAGGAUGCGAUUCAAAAAUAUAGAAUGUUUGAGUGACAGUUUUUUAUGAUAGGAGAGAGAAUACUCACAAAUCUGAAUGUUGCCAAUAACGAUGUGGGAGCACGUGUUGUAGGGGAGAAAUUUGAAUUUUUUUCGCUUGUAGCACGCUUCACUCUCACUCGCACGAGCCUGGAACAGAGAGAGAAACAUAUGGUAUAUAAACAGAAGUGAUGAGAGGAAAAUUGUCAUUUACAUCAGAGUCUACUUUGAGUAUACUUCGCGAUGAGUUCUCCACCAUCUUCAUACAUCCUGCCAGAUAGCCCACCAGCACACCAGCGCGUGCUCAACUACUGGCAGCGGAAAGCCGCCAUCGCUGCUGCUGAGUCGUCAGCUGCUGCACCCGUCGUCUCACCACUCAACGUGGAACCACCAUCGCCGGGCGGCGAGAUCGUGGUCGGGGACAGCCCUAUUCAAUGCCUGGCUCCAGCUGCUACCUGGGCACCGCGGCGAGCGGUGCUAACUACUCUACCGAACAUCAGGCAGAAGCAGGGGAAGCGGAAGUUGACAUUUGAGGAGGAGGCUGAAGUUAGCGGGGAUGAGGACGAGUCAAUCUACUCUCAAACAAAGAAACGAGCUGCUAUGGAGCACAACUCAUCCAUGGUUCCACUAGUAGAGGAGGUGUGGCGAGCGGGGGAUGAAUUGGACUUUGUGCAACUAAUCAACCAGCCUGCAACCAAACCCUGGAUCCCGCUGAGAGAAUUAAAGGAGCACACUCCCUACCCCAUUAUUGCAGCAAGGGAACAAACAAAUAUGCAUGGACGACGGGUAAUUUUAAAAAUUACCAAUGCAGGAAGCAAAUCUGUGAGUGAGGUAUAUUUACUGCAACGAUUUGCUUCCUGCAUUAGCACAGAGAAAAUAGAGCAAUUUAACGCUAAGUGUAAAAAUUUUGUAAUGAUGGUAACACAUAAGUCGGGGAAUUGGACUGAUAUAAAAAUUGUUAAGCAUUAACAAUUUUCAUAUCUAUACAAUUCGUCGACUUAUGUGAUACGAAUUGUAUAGAUGUAUGUAUGUGUAAAAGUGGUGAAUAAAUUGUAAUAUUGUUUUUAUAAAAA